AUGACAACCGAAACCCUCGACCUUGGCCAAUCUUUGGAUUUUCAGCCGAAAUUCGAAAAAGACGGCGAAAUGAUAGUUGUUGGUAAAACUAUGUUAAAUCCAGUGCUACCUGAAUUAACUAAUGAGUUUUUAACAUGGAAAAAGGAGUUUUGGGUUAAAAUGUUAAAGGAGAAAGGCAUCAAAAACAUAGUGGCACCGAUGGUUGAUCAAAGGUAAGAUUUCUGGUUUUAUUGUUGGUUUUUAGGUAGUUAUCAUUGGAUUUUUAUGUUUUAUAGAUAGUAGAAAGGAUUGUGAAAGUUUAAAUAUUGAAAUUAAAUGAGUUGUUUUGCUAAAGAAUUUUUUGCAACGUUUUUUGGAGGUACAUCAGAUUGGGUGUGUAAUGUAACAUGCAUGCAUUUAGUCAUAUCUUAGCUAAAAAGCGUUUUAGAAACACAAAGUUAUGUUUGAUAUUUAAAUAUUGGUCCAUUAUAACUUACUUUUUAGUGAAUUAGCUUUCCGAGUGCUCUUGAGACGUCACGGAGCUCAUUUAUGUUACACACCCAUGAUUCACGCUCAUUUAUUUGUAACUAACUUUACUUAUCGUCGACAAGCUUUAUCAACUAUACCAUCCGAUCGACCUUUAAUAGUACAGUUUUGUGCUAAUGAUCCUGACAUAUUCUUGGAUGCUUGUCGUUUAGUUGAAGGGUAUUGUGAUGGAGUAGAUCUUAACCUUGGGUGUCCUCAAAUCGUCGCAAAACGUGGUCAAUAUGGAAGUUUUCUUCAAGAGAAGCCCGAUUUGAUUCGAAAGAUGAUAGAGAAGGUUCAUAAACAUUGUAGACUACCAUUGUCUGUCAAGAUACGAUGCCUAGAGACGGUGGAAAGGACGUUAGAGUAUGCGAAGCUAUGUGAAGAUGCUGGAGCUUGUAUGUUGACGAUUCAUGGCAGGAGAAGAGAUCAAAGAGGCGUCGAAACGGGUGUGGCAGAUUGGGAAAAGAUCAGAGCUGUGGUGGAGCAUUUGAGUAUACCUGUAAUAGCUAAUGGUAACAUUCAGAUGCCAGGUGAUGUUGAGAAGUGUAUCGAGAAGACAGGAGCAGUAGCUGUUAUGAGUGCCGAAGGUAUUUUAAGUAAUCCAUUGCUGUUUGAAGGUAUUAUACGACCUGGCUUUGAUGUGGCUAAAGAGUAUUUGGAAUUGGCUGAACGAUACAAAGCUUCUACUGCGACUAUUCGAGCACAUGUGUUUAGGAUGUGUCAUUAUAGGUAUGUUAACAUUGAUUUUAAUGGUUUGAAAUGGUUUUUAAGGAAUUUUUUGUCGUUCUUUUUUUUUAAAAUAAGGUUCGAACCUUAUUUUUUUAUAUAAAAGUGUGCCUUUUUAACCAUUUUAAAGCCAACUAUUAUAGUAUUUUAAUCAAAAAUGGCACAUUUCAGCUUCCUAAAGUAUCCAGACCUCAGAGAACGGAACUCAUACGUAAUAUCAUUGGAUGAAUUUAAGUCAGUCGUGAAUGAUUUAGAGAAAAGAUGUCGGGAAGAGAAUACUAUAGACCCUUAUGAUGUUAAACUGGUCGAUUUGGCUUUACCGUUUCCAGAAAUGGUAUGUUAUUGUAGACUAUAUCGUGGUAGGGUAAUACGAUAUGAAAAAAAAAAUUUUUUUGAUUUUACAAAGUUUUGGAUUAGAAAAAACUUAAAAAUGAUCGUUUUUAGGUAGCAUCCAUUCCCUACUAUCUCUGUAAGCCUUAUGUCAGAGCUACACAAUCGUUGGAGCCAGUGGAGAAAGACUUCAGAAUCCAACGCAAAGUGGAAAUGGCCAAGAUUCAAAACGAGACAGGUCUCUCCUUCAGACAGAUCAGGAAACGAGAACGGAGAAGAAUUGACAUGAAGAAGGAGUUCUCAAGGAAGUGCGCAUUCCCUGUGUGCAAACGAUGCAACCAACCGGCUGGCGUUGGGUGCGAAAAUGAAAUGUGCCGAAAGUGCUGCAGAUUCGUUUGUGUUCGGAAUGGCAAACUUUGCAAAGGUAGGUUUUGAGUUGAAAAAAAAUUUUAAUUUUGUGCAGUUGAUAAAUUAAUAUAGGUUUUGUUAUCAUUAUAGUUAAAGCGGUCCAAAAUUGCUAGCUUAAACACAAGAAGAAUAUAAAUAUGAUAUUACUGUUAAUAUUAGGUGGUAUAAAUAAUUCUGUGCCUCUCAGCAACGAAGACGUGCGAUUUAUUGGGUGUUUCAAAUAUGAAUGAGCCUUUCAAUACAUAUCUUAUAAAUAUAUUACGUUGUUUAAAUAAUUCUGUGCCCUUAAUCCCAAAAGUUGGCUUUGCGAGAGGGCACUUAAUUAUAUGAAAUAAUAUUCAGAACAAAUUUUGGGCUAACAAGGAAGGUACCCGGCCUGCAACGCUCAGAUUUUGUUCAAAUUUUUUGAGUUGAAACAUCAUGUAAAUGUAAGACCAUAUACAAAAUUCUAAGUUGCGGUUUGCGGCCAGUCUUGAGAAAAUCGAGAUCAAAAAAUUGCGUUUUGAAUUUCUCGCCAAAUUGGCAUAGUGUUUCAAGCUUUUAACUUUGUCAUUUUUUGACUUUUGACAAAUUUUCUUUAAUAUAAUGUUAGAAAAGCUUCAAAUAAAGCUACAAUUUGAAAUUUGUAGGCUUAUCUUAUCUGGAACAUCAAAAAAGUUCUUGCAACCGAUGCUAAAUUUGCCAAAUUGGCGGGAAAUUUAAAUAUAUUAAUUUUAAAACUUAAAACCGCAAGUUAAGAUUUUUUAUAUGUGCUACUGAUACUACAAAGAAUCCGUAUAAAAAUUUUGAGUUAAUUCUGGGAGUUGCAGGUUGGGUACUUUCCUUGUAAAAUACGUUUUUUUCGACCGAAAGAUCUGGUUAAACUUCAAUUAUGUAAUUCUCUAGCUGUUUUUGAUUAUAACUUUUUUUUAACAAUGAGUUGAGAACUUGAAACUUUCGGUUUUCAUAGAAUAUUUGUUUGUUCACCUAAAUCGAUAAAGAUUAUUUUUAAAUUUUUACAAUUUUAAAAGUUACAGUAAAUAUACCAUACUCUAUAUUUUUUAAUUUUUUAGCUUUUGGAAAAUAAAAUAGAUUUUUAUUAGGUAGUUCAAAUAAUUCUAUGCUCGCUAAAUCAGAAAACUUUCUAAGAGGGGGCACAGAAUUAAUUGAACAAUCGAAUUAUAAAAAUUAUUAUAAAAAAGGUAUUGGCUUUUAAAAAUGAAAUAAUAAAGUUUUAAUGUUCUUUAAUAUUAUGUUUUUCAUUUUCAGCUCAUAGGUUUACGAUAGAAACUCUGAGAGAUCGAAGGGACGCUUACGCUGAACAAAUGGGUAUAAACAAGGAAGACCUCAAGGCUUCAGAUGCUCUUGGGGAAGAACAACACGCAGAUACGGCCAUAGAAGUUGGGGAGUCUUAA